UCCCACUUCCGGCCUCUGCGUUCCACACACAGGAAGAUAGUUUUUUUCUUUCGCAGCAACUUCCGGGUUUCCCUCGAGCGGGAGUCAGUCGUCCGCAAAAGCAGUGUGUAUCAUUGGGUGUGUCAGGUGCCUAUAAGGUGUCAGGAUGUCACUGUCCAUCUCUCCAUGCAGGAGGGGGAAUAUAUAGAGGAACACAGGGGUCUGUACAAGGACGUGAUGAUGGAGAAUCACCGGCCCCUCACAUCACUGGAUGGGCCCAGUAACAGAGCUACCCCAGAGAGAUGUCCCCAUCCUCUGUAUUCCCAGGACUGUACAAAGGAGAAUCACAGGAUCCCACAGGAGGAUAAGGGUGAGCACCUUUCUGAUAUGAAGGCCGAAGAUAUAGAGGGAGAAGAAGAGACGUAUGUGACUGAUAUGAAGGCAGAAGAUAUAGAGGGAGAAGAGACGUAUGUGACUGUUAUGAAGGCAGAAGAUAUAGAGGGAGAAGAAGAGACGUAUGUGUGGAGAGAUCAGAAGUGUAAGGAAGAGGAAAUCCCUACAGGUAUCAGCACAGCAGAUGGAGGCACAAGCAGGAAUUCCUUGGAGGGAGAUCUCAUCUUGUCUGCAGAUAGUAAAAUAGAAGAUAACACCACACAGGAUUCUCCAGGAGACAUCCCCAUUACUCUAACUAUACAUCCAGUACCUCACAGUGCUGAUACACUGAUCAGUGCUGAUACAUCUGAUCCCUGUAAUCGCGAUGACUGUUCAUCCAAUACCUCAGAUUUUGUUACACUUCAUGCAGCUCAUACAUGUGAUAAAAUAUUUCCAUGCUCUGAGUGUGGGAAAAGUUUUGCACGCAAAUCAAAACUUGUUAUACAUCAGAGAAGUCAUACAGGUGAGCGACCAUUUCCAUGUUCUGAGUGUAGGAAAUGUUUUCUGUGUAAAUCAGAUCUUGUGAGACAUUACAGAAAUCACACAGGUGAGAAACCAUUUCCAUGCUCUGAGUGUGGGAAAAGUUUUGUACUCAAGGGACAGCUUGUUAAACAUCAGAAAAUUCACACAGGUGAGAAACCAUUUCCAUGCUCUGAGUGUGGGAAAUGUUUUCUGUAUAAAUCAGAACUUGUUAUACAUCAGAGAUGUCACACAGGCGAGAAACCGUUUCCAUGCUCUGAGUGUGGGAAUAGUUUUGCAUUAAAAUCACAUCUUGUUAGACAUCAGAAAAUUCACAUAGGUGAGAAACCAUAUCCAUGCUCUGAGUGUGGGAAAUGUUUUAUGUAUAAAUCAGAACUUUUUUUACAUCAGAGAUGUCACACAGGUGAUAAAUCAUUUCCAUGCUCUGAGUGUGGGAAAUGUUUUCUGUGUAAAUCAGAACUUGUUAGACAUCACAGAACUCACACAGGUGAGAAACCAUUUUCAUGCUCUGAGUGUGGGAAAAGUUUUGCAUUAAAAUCACAGCUUGUUAGACAUCAGAGAAGUCACACAGGUGAGAAUACAUUUCCAUGCUCUGAGUGUGGGAAAUGUUUUCUGUGUAAAUCAGAACUUGUUAAACAUCACAGAACUCACACAGGUGAGAAACCAUUUCCAUGCUCUGAGUGUGGGAAAAGUUUUGCAUUCAAAUCACAUCUUGUUGUACAUCAGAAAAGUCACACAGGUGAGAAACCGUUUCCAUGCUCUGAGUGUGGGAAUAGUUUUGCAUUCAAAGCACAUCUUGUUAGACAUCAGAGAAGUCACACAGGUGAGAAACCAUUUCCAUGCUCUGAGUGUGGGAAAAGUUUUGCAAGCAAAUCACAGCUUGUUAGACAUCAUAGAUGUCACACAGGUGAGAAACCAUUUCCAUGCUCUGAGUGUGGGAAAUGUUUUCUGUAUAAAUCAGAAUUUGUUAUACAUCAGAGAUGUCACACAGGCGAGAAAUCAUUUCCAUGCUCUGAGUGUGAGAAAAGUUAUGCAGGCAAAUCACAGCUUGUUAUACAUCAGAAAAUUCACACAGGUGAGAAACCAUAUCCAUGCUCUGAGUGUGUGAAAUGUUUUAUGUAUAAAUCAGAACUUGUUAGACAUCAUAGAUGUCACACAGGUGAGAAACCAUUUCCAUGCUCUGAGUGUGGGAAAAGUUUUGCAGGCAAAUCACAGCUUGUUAAACAUCAGAUAUCACACAGAAGUAAAGCAUUACUGAAGCAGCUUGUGUUCCCCUGCCAAUCACACCUCACUUUCGGCCUGUGCGUUCCAUCCCACUUCCGGCCUCUGCGUUCCACACACAGGAAGAUAGUUUUUUUCUUUCGCAGCAACUUCCGGGUUUCCCUCGAGCGGGAGUCAGUCGUCCGCAAAAGCAGUGUGUAUCAUUGGGUGUGUCAGGUGCCUAUAAGGUGUCAGGAUGUCACUGUCCAUCUCUCCAUGCAGGAGGGGGAAUAUAUAGAGGAACACAGGGGUCUGUACAAGGACGUGAUGAUGGAGAAUCACCGGCCCCUCACAUCACUGGAUGGGCCCAGUAACAGAGCUACCCCAGAGAGAUGUCCCCAUCCUCUGUAUUCCCAGGACUGUACAAAGGAGAAUCACAGGAUCCCACAGGAGGAUAAGGGUGAGCACCUUUCUGAUAUGACGGCCGAAGAUAUAGAGGGAGAAGAAGAGACGUAUGUGACUGAUAUGAAGGCAGAAGAUAUAGAGGGAGAAGAGACGUAUGUGUGGAGAGAUCAGAAGUGUAAGGAAGAGGAAAUCCCUACAGGUAUCAGCACAGCAGAUGGAGGCACAAGCAGGAAUUCCUUGGAGGGAGAUCUCAUCUUGUCUGCAGAUAGUAAAAUAGAAGAUAACACCACACAGGAUUCUCCAGGAGACAUCCCCAUUUCUCUAACUAUACAUCCAGUACCUGAUACUUCAUCUGAUCCCUCUAAUCGCGAUGACUAUUCAUCCAAUACCUCAGAUUUUGUUACACAUCAUGCAGCUCAUACAUGUGAUAAAAUAUUUCCAUGCUCUGAGUGUGGGAAAAGUUUUGCACACAAAUCAAAACUUGUUAUACAUCAGAGAAGUCAUACAGGUGAGCGACCAUUUCCAUGUUCUGAGUGUAGGAAAUGUUUUCUGUGUAAAUCAGAUCUUGUGAGACAUUACAGAAAUCACACAGGUGAGAAACCAUUUCCAUGCUCUGAGUGUGGGAAAAGUUUUGCACUCAAGGGACAGCUUGUUAAACAUCAGAAAAUUCACACAGGUGAGAAACCAUUUCCAUGCUCUGAGUGUGGGAAAUGUUUUCUGUAUAAAUCAGAACUUGUUAUACAUCAGAGAUGUCACACAGGCGAGAAACCGUUUCCAUGCUCUGAGUGUGGGAAUAGUUUUGCAUUCAAAGCACAUCUUGUUAGACAUCAGAAAAUUCACACAGGUGAGAAACCAUAUCCAUGCUCUGAGUGUGGGAAAUGUUUUAUGUAUAAAUCAGAACUUUUUUUACAUCAGAGAUGUCACACAGGUGAGAAAUCAUUUCCAUGCUCUGAGUGUGGGAAAUGUUUUCUGUGUAAAUCAGAACUUGUUAGACAUCACAGAACUCACACAGGUGAGAAACCAUUUCCAUGCUCUGAGUGUGGGAAAAGUUUUGCAUUCAAAUCACAGCUUGUUAGACAUCAGAGAAGUCACACAGGUGAGAAUACAUUUCCAUGCUCUGAGUGUGGGAAAUGUUUUCUGUGUAAAUCAGAACUUGUUAGACAUCACAGAACUCACACAGGUGAGAAACCAUUUCCAUGCUCUGAGUGUGGGAAAAGUUUUGCAUUCAAAUCACAUCUUGUUGUACAUCAGAAAAGUCACACAGGUCAGAAACCGUUUCCAUGCUCUGAGUGUGGGAAAAGUUUUGCAUUCAAAGCACAUCUUGUUAGACAUCAUAGAUGUCACACAGGUGAGAAACCAUUUCCAUGCUCUGAGUGUGGGAAAAGUUUUGCAUUCAAAUCACAUCUUGUUAUACAUCAGAGAAGUCACACAGGUGAGAAACCAUUUCCAUGCUCUGAGUGUGGGAAAAGUUUUGCAAGCAAAUCACAGCUUGUUAGACAUCAUAGAUGUCACACAGGUGAGAAACCAUUUCCAUGCUCUGAGUGUGGGAAAUGUUUUCUGUAUAAAUCAGAAUUUGUUAUACAUCAGAGAUGUCACACAGGCGAGAAAUCAUUUCCAUGCUCUGAGUGUGGGAAAAGUUAUUCAGGCAAAUCACAGCUUGUUAAACAUCAGAUAUCACACAGAAGUAAAGCAUUACUAUGAGCUGAUACAUAACAGGGUUGAAGCAACACUCCAGUGACACUUUAAGUUACCCAUCUACAUAUAAUUGGAAGGUGUGUCAUUAAUAUAAGACUGGAAAAUAUCAGUCAGAUAAAACUUACUAAUUCUAUAUACUCGCGUAUUUCUCAUACGUCCUAGAGCAGUGAUUUUCAACCUUUCUCGACUCGAGGCACGCCGAACAAGACUUCAAAAUUCCCAAGGCACACUAUCGGUUACCCACGAGGGAAAAAAACUAAAACAUUGGCCCCCACAGAUAUAAAAUAAGCACAUUGGUCCCCACAGUAAUUAAACACAUUGGCCCUAACAGUUAUGAAGCACAUUUCCCCCACAGGUAUAAAUCAAACACACUGGCCCCUACAGUAAUUGCACACACACUGCCCCCCCCAUCCCCUUGUAAUGGCACUCACAGCCCUCACAGAAAUGGCACACACUGCUUACCCCUGUAAUAGUAAUAACAGCCCCCACAGAAAUGGCACACACUGCUUACCCCUGUAAUAGUAAUAACAGCCCCCACAGAAAUGGCAUACACUGCUUACCCCUGUAAUAGUAAUAACAGCCCCCACAGAAAUGGCAUACACUGCUUACCCCUGUAAUAGUAAUAACAGCCCCCACAGAAAUGGCACACACUGCUUACCCCUGUAAUAGUAAUAACAGCCCCCACAGAAAUGGCAUACACUGCUUACCCCUGUAAUAGUAAUAACAGCCCCCACAGAAAUGGCACACACUGCUUACCCCUGUAAUAGUAAUAACAGCCCCCACAGUAAUGGUACACACACACACUGCCCUCCCCCUCCCCCCAUGUAAUAGUACUCACAGCCCCCUCUUUAAUGUCAGCCUGAAGUACUGCAUAUCCGAGCUGGAGUAGUAUGAGCUGUGCAGGGCAGUCCGUAGCACACAUCAGCACCAAGCGCGGGCGGAAAUGCGCACGUCACCAUAGGUCACGGACCGGGCAGCAGGAGAGCUGACUGUGCUGCCGUGCAUGACUGCUGGAGGACCCAGGUAUCUCUGGUGUGCGGCGGAGGAGCACUGUCGGCGGGCGGCGGAGCACUGUGCAGGGCAAUUCUGGUGUCCGGUGACCGGCAGGCUGCGGCACACCUGACAACUGCUGGCGGCACACUAGUGUGCCGCGGCACAGGGGUUGAAAAACGCUGUCCUAGAGGAUGCUGGGGUCCACUUCAUGACCAUGGGGUAUAGAUGGUUCCGCAGGAGCCAUGGGCACUUUAAGAAUUAUCAAAUGGUGUGAACUGGCUCCUCCCUGUAUGCCCCUCCUCCAGACCUCAUUUUUAGAAAUGUGCCCCGACAGACACUGGAUGCACACCAGGGAAGCUCUACGGAGUUUCUCUGAAAAGACUUGUUAGGUUUUUUAUUUUCAGGGAUUACUGCUGGCAACAGUCUCCCUGCUUCGUGGGACUGAGGGGGCAGAAGUAUGAAUCAACUUCCUAAAGAGUUUCAUGGCUCUGCUUCUGGUGACAGGACACCAUUAGCGCCUGAAGAGUACUGAACGCUAGCCGUGUCUAGAUGCUCACUCCCACAGCACGCCAUCACCCCCCUCACAGAGCCAGAAGACAGGUGAGUGUAAGAAGAUAGAUCUUCAAUCAACAUAACACACAGGGUGCUGGGCGCAUGGGGGGGUGGGCACCCUGGGCAGCAAAAUACCUUACAAACUGGAUAAAACUGGCCAUAAGAUGCCCAGGCACAGCCCUACCCCUGCCAGUAUAAAUAUUAUAUGAACAUUUUUGAGGUGAAAUUGCACCAUUGCGGGGGCGGAGCUUCCUCUUCAGUCAGCCAGCACACUGCUCAGCGCCAUUUUCACUCAGGCUGCAGAGACAACGCUGGUCCUCCUCCACUUCUGACUACAAGUAUCAGGGUGCAAAAUGGAGGGGGGGGCACAGCGAUUUUGGUACUUUACAGGUGUAUUUACAUUGUAAAACAGCACGGCAUGUCAGUGUGCAUUUUGUGUUCACAGACAUUAUAUACUGGCGCUGGGGAUGUAAACUGGCUGCUCCUAAACUGUGUCCGUCUGGCAGAUUUUAAUGUGGGUCUGUCCCCUACAAGUCCCAGAGUGUCUGUGUGUGUGUAAUACUCGAGUGUGACAUGUCAGAGGCAGGGAGUUCUUCCCCGGAGGAAACCAUUUUAGGGACACACAGUUGUAAUGUGGUGGCGCUGCUGGCACACCAAGAGCCUGCAUGGGUGAAAGAAAUACGUGACAGUAUGCAUCAUUUCAAUAGGAGGUUAGAUAAGUCUGAAUCUCAUGCAGAAUGCUGGAGAAAGUCUGUGGAAGAUGCGAUUUUUCAGGGUUCUGUUCUUCCACCCGCAGGCGACUCCUCUGGGUCACAUAAGAGACCGUUUGCAAAUAUUGUAAAUACUGAUACCGACACGGACACUGAUUCCUGUGUCGACGAUAGUGACUCCAGGGAAAUAGAUCAUAAAUUGGUGAAAAAUAUACAAUAUAUGAUUGUGGCUAUAAGAGAAGUUCUGGAGGUUACAGAAACCACUCCUGUACCUAAGGAGAAGGCCUAUUUCUAUAAAGAAAAGAAAUCUAAGGUUACUUUCCCUCCUUCCCACGAGCGAAAUACUCUCUUUGAAGGGGUGUGGGUGAAUCCAGAAAAUAAAUUUCGUAUUCCAAAGAGGAUUCAGAUGGCUUAUCCUUUCCCUGCUGAUGACAGGAAAAAGUGGGACUGUGUUAGACAGUGCACUGUCCAGGUUGACAAAUAAAGUGAUUCUCCCUGCACCUGGGACGGCUUCACUAAAGGAGCCGGCAGACCGCAAAAUGGAGACUACAUUAAAAUCCAUUUAUGUUGCCAAUGGUACGCUGCUCAGGCCCACAAUUGCUUGAGUCGCGCGAUUGAAAAAUGAUCAGAAAGCUUGUCAUCAGAUAUUGACUCGAUUGAUAAAGAUGAGAUACUCAAGUUAGGGAAUAUCAAAGACGCUGACACAUACAUGCUAGAAGCCAUGAAAGAUAUUGGACUCUUGGGUUCAACAGCCGCUACCAUGGCAGUAUCGGCUAGGCGGGCGUUGUGGAUUCGCCAGUGGAACGCGGAUGCAGAUUCCAAAAAUAAUAUGGAGGCUCUCCCGUAUAAAGGUGAGGCCUUAUUUGGUGAUGGACUGGAUGCGUUAGUCUCGGCGGCUACCGCAGGUAAGUCGACCUUUUUGCCUUCUGCUCCAGCAGCGGCAAAAAAGCCAUCACUCUCACAUGCAGUCCUUUCGGCCCAAUAAAUACAAAAAGGCCAAAGGUUCCCUCAUCUUUGCAGGUAGGGGAAGGGGAAAAGGAAAGAAGUCCACAGCGGCUUCAGGAUCCCAGGAGCAGAAGUCAACACCUACUUCUGCCAAAUCUACAGCAUGACGCUGGGGCUCCCUUGUGGGAGGCCGCUCGGGUGGGGGCACAUCUAAAACUGUUCAGUCAAGGUUGGAUUCAAUCUGGCCUGGAUCCCUGGGUUUUACAAAUAGUGUCCCAGGGGUACAAGCUGGAGUUUAAAGACGUUCCCCCAUGCCGAUUUUUCAAAUCGACCUUGCCAGUUUCUCUACCGGAAAAAGAAGCAGUAACAGCGGCAAUUCAAAAAUGAUGUCAGGAUCAGACAAACCCCUCACAACAAGGGGAGGAGUUUUAUUCAAGCAUCUUUUUAGUUCCGAAGCCGGACGGCUCGGUCAGACCGAUCCUAAACCUAAAAAAUCUGAAUCUACUUGAAACGGUUCAAGUUCAAAAUGGAAUCACUGAGGGCAGUGAGUUCCAGUCUGGAGGAGGGGGACUACAUGGUGUCAGUAGACAUAAAGGAUGCUUACCUGCAUGUUCCCAUUUAUCCGCCCCACCAGGCUUAUCUGAGGUUCGCGGUUCAGGAUUGCCAUUACCAAUUCCAGACGUUGCCUUUCGUUCUCUCCACGGUGCUGAGGGUAUUCACCAAGGUGAUGGCUGAGAUGAUGGUCCUCCUUCGUCAAAAAGGAGUCAGUAUUAUUUGUUAUUUGGACGAUCUCCUGAUAAAGGCGAGAUCCAGGGAGCAGUUGCUACAGAACAUCACAGACUCCCUGUCUAUACUCCAACAACACGGUUGGAUCAUAAAUUUUCCAAAGUCACAGUUGGAACCAACGAAAAGAUUGUCUUUCCUCGGAAUGAUUCUGGACACAGAGGUUCAGAGAGUUUUUCUUCUGGUGGAAAAGGCUCUGGAAAUCCAGAAAAUUGUGAAACAUAUAUUAAAGCCAACAAGUGUGUCGAUCCAUCAGUGCAUUCGAUUGUUCGGAAAGAUGGUGGCGGCCUAUGAGGCCAUACAGUUUGGCAGGUUCCAUGCCAGAGUAUUCCAGUGGGACCUGUUGGACAAGUGGUCGGGUUCCCACCUACACAUGCACCGGAAGAUGGUCCUGUCGUCAAAAGCCAGGAUUUCGCUCCUGUGGUGGCUACACAGUUCUCACUUACUAGAGGGAUGCAGGUUCGGGAUUCAGGACUGGUUCCUGGUAACCAUGGAUGCAAGUCUCCGAGGCUGUGGAGCUGUCACUUAGGGGGAAAGCAUCCAAGGAAAAUGGUCAAGUCAGGAAACCUGCCUUCAUAUAAACGUGCUGGAAUUGAGAGCCAUUUACAACGGCCUUCAACAAGCGGUACAUCUUCUGCAAGAUCACCCGUGCAGAUCCAGUCGGACAAUGUAACAGCAGUCGCGCACAUAAGCAGGCAGGGCGGAACGAAAAGCAAAGCGUCAAUGGCAGAGGCGAAAAAAAUCCUCCGCUUGGCAGAAAAACAACUACGAGCUCUGUCGGCAAUAUUAAUUCCGGGAGUAGACAACUGAGAAGCAGACUUCCUCAGCAGACACGAUCUCCAUCCAGGAGAGUGGGGCCUCCACCAAGAAGUUUUCACAGAGGUGACAAGUCUUUGGGGAGUUCCUCAAGUAGACAUGAUGGCAUCUUGCCUCAACAAGAAGCUUCAGAGAUAUUGUUCCAGGUCGAGAGACCCUCAAGCAAUAGCAGUUAAUGCGCUGGUGGCCCAGUGGGUGUUCAGGUCGGUAUAUGUCUUCCCUACACUUCCGCUGAUCCUAAAAGAUCUCAAAAUAAUAAGAACAAGAGUUUGUGCAGUCUUCAUUGCCCCAGCCUGGCCAAGGAGGGCUUGGUACCUAGAUCUUCAGGGGUUGCUCAUAGAAGACCCUCGGCCUCUUCCUCCUCGAGAGGACCUGCUACAGCAGUGGCCGUGCAUAUGUAUCAAUACUUACCUCGGCUACGUUUGACAGCAUGGCUGUUGAGCGCCGGAUCCUAGCUUGAAAGGGUAUUCCCAAGGAAGUCAUUCCCACUCUUAUUCAGGCCAGGAAAGGAGUAACGUCUAAAUAUUACCACCGUAUUUGGAGAAAAUGUGUCUUGGUGUGAAUCCAAGAAAUCUCCUGCCGAAGAGUUUCAUUUGGGACGUUUUCUCCAUUUUCUACAGGCUGGUGUAGAUGUGGGCCUUCGUUUGGGGUUGAUCAAGGUCCAGAUUUCGGCCUUGUCAGCUUUUUUUUUAAAGACAAUUGACCUCUCUUCCAGAAAUUCAGACCUUCGUGAAAGGGGUUCUGCACAUCCAGCCUCCAUUUGUGCCUCCAGUGGACCUUAAUGUGGUGUUGCAGUUCCUUCAAUCGGAUUGGUUUGAACCUCUACAAGAGAUAGAGUUGAAGUUUCUCACUUGGAAAGUGGUGAUGCUUUUGGCUUUGGCAUCCGCAAGGCGGGUGUCUGAAUUGGGGCCUUUGUCUCACAAGAGCCCUUACCUGAUCUUCCAUGAAGAUAGGGCAGAGGUUCGAACUCGUCAACAUUUUCUUCCUAAGGUGGUUUCAUCUUUCCACAUAAACCAACCUAUUGUGAUGCCAGUGGUUACUGACACGUUCUCUGACUCAGUCUCUAGAUGUCGUUAAGGUUUUGAAGAUUUAUGUCGCUAGAACAGCUAGGAUACGGAAAACAGAGGCUCUGUUUGUCCUGUAUGCUCCCAACAAAAUUGGGUGUCCUGCUUCCAAGCAGACUAUUGCAGCUGGAUCAGAGGAACGAUUCAGCAUGCUCAUUCUACGGCUGGAUUGCCGUUGCCUACGUCGGUGAAGGCCCAUUCUACUAGGAAGAGGGGCUCAUCCUGGGCGUCUCGGCAUUACAACUUUGCCGAGCAGCUACUUGGUCAGGGUCAAACACAUUUGCAAAGUUCUACAAGUUUGACACCUUGGCCGAUGGGGACCUCAAGUUCAGUCAAUCUGUGCUGUAGGGUCAUCCGCACUCUCCCGCCCCUAAUGGAGCUUUGUUAUAAACCCCAUGGUCAUGAAGUGGACCCCAGCAUCCUCUAGGACGUAUGAGAAAAUAUGAUUUUGAUACCUACCGGUAAAUCCUUUUCUCCUAGUCCGUAGAGGAUGCUGGGCGCCCGUCCCAGUGCGUACUCUACCUGCAGUUUGGUUUAUUAGAGUUACACAUGUUGUGUUAUAUUGGUUUCAGCAUGUUGCUGUACUUGGUCCUGUUGGCGUGUGUUAUGUUGAAUGCCAUGUUGUGCGGCAUGGUUGAGGUGUGAGCUGGUAUGUAUCUCACCAUUAGUAUUAAAGUAAAUCCUUUCCUCGAAAUGUCCUUCUCCCUGGGCACAGUACCUAUAACUGAGGUCUGGAGGAGGGGCAUAGAGGGAGGAACCAGUUCACACCCUUUGAAAAGUCUUAAGAGUGCCCAUGGCUCCUGCAGAACCGUCUAUACCCCAUGGUCAUGAAGUGGACCCCAGCAUCCUCUGAACUAGGAGAAAAGGAUUUACCGGUAGGUAUCAAAAUCCUAUUUUUGCAGUUAUACAGGUAUACCUAUCGUAUAAUAUACCUUACAUGGAAAAUGAGCAUAUUCCAUAAACACAUUAUUUCAAUUAUAAGAUACAGUACAUGUUCUUUUAACAGACUUUGUACAAAUACUUCUUAUUUCUGGGAAGCAGGUCCAAUGUGUGUAAUAGAAUUGGAAUUAGCCAAAAAUAAGGCUAACCAGCUUCUAGCUUGUUACCAAGGACAGUAGGUCCUAAUAUGAACAUAGAACUUAGAGAGAUUCUUCAAGAAUGUAUGAGAUUAGUGGGUGUGGUAAAAGGAUUGGGUGUAACCAAGUAUUAUAAAAUAAGUGCACCAUCAAAUUUCAAGUUAUCUUCCUGUAACCUUGAGAGAAACCAAUGCUGUCUCUCAGUCUGUACAAAGGUGUGGUCUUUGGAAUACAUAAUUCUUUAUUAAACUGAAUCCAAUUCAAUCUGUUACUUCAUACAACAUGGAAAUAAACUAUUCAACAGACAUAGAGAAGCUAGCAUGAGGACAUGGAGUUGCAGGUAAACGGGAAACUUUAGGAGGAAGGUUACUAAACACAUAGUGUCUGGACUGUAGGUAUAAGAAAAAUAGGGAAUGUGGGAGAUUGUACUUUGUACACAUUUGUUGCUAGGAAUAAAUAGUGCCCCAAGAUUUCCUGAAAUGCUGGAAUACCUUUAUCUUUCCAUGUCUGAUAGUGAGCUAUUGUGAGAGAGUAAGAGGUCAGGGUUGCCUGAAAAUGGAACAUAUCUGGAACAAUGCAGAUCUGUAUGUAAACAUGUAUUAAUAGUCACCCAAGUCUUAUAAUUGUCUGUAAAUACAAUAUGUGACAGUAUACCUCUAGGACGUUAUGUACGGGGCAGAUACAGAAGGGCGGCAGGAGAGAAUGGUGAAAAUAGCUCUUCCUCUAAUGGUAAACUAGUGAAACGAGACAAUCGUGAACAGUGGGAAAUAUAAGAAAAUGCUUAUUUAGAAAACGUCUGAAUAUCUGGUAGAUGAAGGCCUCCUCUAGACUUUGGUUGAAUCAUCUUUAGUUUGGAAAUUCUAGCUUUUUUGCCUUUCCAUAUACAUUUAGAAAAGGCUUUUGUCCACCGAAGGUCAUUAAUUUUGGAAGCUAGAUCACCAAACAUUUGUGCUCAAAGGGUUAAUCAUUUCUUAACCAGAACUCCACCUUAAUAGUGCCUAAUAGAAGCAGCUCCCAGCUGACAUAGCCAGUCACAGAUAGCUGUAACAAGAGAAUGACUGAUGCAAGUUACUCUGGUAGAGAGCGCUUAUACAUUUAUUAGAACUUAGUAGAAUUUGUCCAUUCAGGACACACAAUUAGUUAAAAUGACUAUAAAAGUAGCAAUGAUGUAUCAAAAUGUUAAUACAACUCUCCUCCUCAGCAAUGGAUAUAAACAGUGACAGAUAGCUUUACCUAUCACAGGCAGUAAGAACGCAGUGUUCAGUUAGUGAAUGGUCAGCCAGCGGUAUGCUGCUACCUCACGCUCACAUUAGUUAUUCUCACCAGCUGUAUCUAUAGCCGUCCUGGAUAUAAAGUCUCCUAUGCUCCAUUGAGCUGCUCGGCUGUAGUGGAGUGUAGCAAGUGCUUUGUGAUAUGCAGCGGGAGGGAGGCCGCGGCUCACGUACUCCUGUCUGUCUCCAUGCUGUAUGGUGGCAAUUGGCAAAAGGAGCGCAGUAGGUGUGGGAGGGUGCCGUCCCUGCUUAACGCGUUUCGCCACUGUCCGUUCUGGCAGAUUGUUCAGAAGGAACGGUAAUAGUGUGCACUCCAUGUAGUCACCUUUUUAAAGGCAUCAGUGUCCAAUCAAAUGUCUCAGUUCAUUAUUAAGGUGAUGCUCACACCUGGAGAAUGUAUUCAAAAGCAACUGCCCCAUGUGAAGUUUGAUAAAGUAUAUCUUAUCAUUAUAGAAAUAGUAUUAUAAACAUGGCCUCAUUGAGAAAUUGCUAGUUUAAUAAGCAACAUAUAUAAAAAGCAUACAUAUAUAUAUAUAUAUAUAUAUAUAUAUAUAUAUAUAUAUAUAUAUCUUCAUUGUUGAUUCAUAUACAUAUAUUCAAAAUGUAAUCUUUAACAUUCAGUUCCAGCAACAAGAGUCCUCUAUGUGCUAAAUAGCCUAGUGGGUUAAAGCGCUGGUAUACCGACCAUAGAGGUCCGCAGUUGAUCCCCCUGUUGGGCUUUGGUAAAUUAUUUUUUCUUUCAUCAAAUUAUAUAUUCUUUAUAUCCUCCAUUCUAUAAAUUGCUUAUCUGGCCAAGUCUCAUAACUUAUCCAAAUCAUUGGUGCAUCACAUACAAAUGUAAUCUCUCAUGAACACAUUACAGCUAAUCUUGUUUGACUUUUUUUCUUUUUCAACUUUAUCAUUAAAUUCCAAGAUCAUAAUUUUUCAAUGGGCUAAAUAGCCUAGCGGACUAAAGCGCUAUUACACUGCGCAGUAAGACCCGGGUACAAUCCUCCAGCAAUACUCCAACUUUUCUUCAGAAAAUAAAAUUACUCAAUCUUCAGGUUAAACAAUACUCCUUAGUCAUCUAUUAUUCAUAUUAACUUCCACCACUAUAAGAGCAAAUACACACACACACACACACACACACACACACACACACACACACACACACACACACACACAUAUAUAUAUUGCUAAAAAAUAAAUAAAGGGAACACUUAAACAACACAAUGUAACUCCAAGUCAAUUACACUUCUGUGAAAUCAAACUGUCCACUUAGGAAGCAAGGAAUAGGGAUGUAUCUGCACACACACAAUUAAUUAGAUAAGAAUUGGGAACAAAAGUUCCAUGAGAAACCCCUAUAAAUUAUUGGUAAUUACCAUUUAUUAUGGGGGUGCUACCAACUACAGCUAGAGUGAAUGCCAGAAAAAGAAGAAGAAAGGGCUGUACUAUCGGUGCACACAAAGAGAGGUGAUCUGGUUAUCACUUCUCCAUAAAAUGUAACCUUUAUUAUUAUUCUCAUAAAAAUAGUAUAGAAUGUCUUCAUUUAGACUGCAAGUUAAGGCGAAACAUAGAUGUUAAAAUCAUUGACAUAGACAAAACAUGUCGAAGUGCAAUAGAAGUUAUUGAAUGUGAAUAAAGAUUAAAAAUGUGUGUCCGUGUUCUUCAU